AUGAUUGCUGAGAGAUACAGGUUGCCGUUUAACGAUUAUCCGCCAAGUUGUUUUUUGAGGAAUAAUGCAUCCUCUUUUAAACACCCAGAAUUCGUGAAUGAAGCCAUUUUAGAGCUAUUGGAUAACGGUUGCAUUAAGGAACACAGUUCACCGCCUUUUUGUGUCAACCCAUUAACAGUUGCAGAAGGAAAAAAGCUACGCCUUGUUAUAGAUCUUAGACAUGUUAACACGUAUCUAGCUAGAACUAAAUUCAAAUACGAGGACUUGCGGUCAUUAUCUCAAGUUAUAGAAGAGGGCUCCUGGUUUUUCACUUGGGAUUUUAAAUCCGGCUAUCAUCACGUAGAUAUUCUCGAAGAGCACCAGAAGUAUCUAGGAUUUUCCUGGCAAUUUGGCAAUGUAGUCCGCUAUUUCACAUUUUGUGUUCUGCCAUUCGGGCUAGGUAGUGCAUGCUUUUGCUUCACUAAAUUGAUGCGCCCCCUUGUGAAGCGAUGGCGCUCAAUGGGGCACGUGACUUUUAUUUAUCUAGACGACGGUUUCGGUAGCCAGCCUGAUAAAACAUCUGCGUGCGCAGCCAGUUUAAUUCAGCGCAAAGAGCUGCACUCAUCAGGUCUUCUAUGUAAUUGGGUUCCUAUGCAAAUUGGCGAAUGGCUCGGUUUUUUGAUAAACACGAUUGCUAUGGUAUAUCAAAUUCCAGAAAAGAAACUGUCUAAGCUUAAAGGUCUACUAGAUUUAUGCAUCUCUGAUGGGCACUGCACAUAUCGCUUUCUGGCAAAGAUUGCAGGGUCGGUUAUCUCGUGCGCGCUAGCCGUUGGUCCCAUUGCGCGCCUUUUUACCCGUCAAAUGUAUUUAACAAUCGAAACGAGGUUAUCUUGGGACAGCGUCGUGCAUUUUUCACCCGGUUUAUUGGAGGAACUUAGGUUCUGGUAUUUAAACCUAGACUGUUUCAAUGGCUAUUCCAUUCGUCCACCACCUACGUCAUCUACUUUAGUUUUUUCAGAUGCCAGUGAUUCAGGUUUCGGCGGUUAUUCUGCGUCUCUAGACGGUAGUACAGUUAGUGGUAUGUUUACUUCCACAGACAUCGGUCAAAGUUCUACUUACAGAGAAUUGAAGGCUAUAUAUUACGUGUGUUUGGCAUACUUGGGUCAGUUACGGAAUAAGAAGGUUAAAGUGUUUACCGACAACCAAGGUGCUGCCCGUAUAGUUUCUAUUGGUAGCUCCAAAGCGCACUUGCAACGCGUAGCUUUGGAUAUAUUUCAGAUUUGUUUACGUAAUAAUAUAGUCCUAGAAGCACAGUGGAUUCCCCGUUCAGAAAACGAAAAGGCUGAUCUCCUUAGCAGGUUUCUCGAUAAAGAUGAUUGGUCUGUACCUUCUUCGGUUUUCAAUCUGUUAAAUCACAAGUGGGGUCCCUUUACAAUCGAUCGUUUUACGUCCUACUAUAAUGCGCAAUUACCAAGGUUCAAUUCGAGAUUCGCAUCUCCCGGUUGCUGCGCUGUUGAUGCUCUUGUUCAGAAUUGGAGCAACGAGAAUGACUGGUUAUGUCCACCAAUCAAUUUGAUCGUCCCUUCAUUGAGAGUUUUGGAAGCUUGCCGUGGCAGAGGCACUUUGAUCGUUCCUGAGUGGCCAUCGUCUUAUUUUUGGCCAUUCUUACACCAGUCCAACGGCCAAUUUCCACAUUUCAUUAAGGAUGUUUUUGUUCUUCCCAAAAUCUCCGACCUACUUGUCGAGGGACCCGGACAGAAAGCGGUAUAUACUAGGAAACGAYCGGUGUUAACAGGUUGUSCGAGUUUUAAYAUGCUCGCUCUUCGAUUAGAUUUCACCAAUUAG